AUGCCGGCACAAUUUCUCCCAUUAAAUUUCGCCGCGGGUCAGAACUUCAGCAUGCGCUUCGAUUACGAAUCAGAAGAGAUUCUGCUCGGGACGAUGAACCGAAAAGGGGAUAAUUAUUUACCGGAUGUCGCCAAUCAUCCAGUUCCAGCGGGAGGAUUUGAUGAAAACGUAGUUCUUGAGAAGAAAGUAUCCAAGGGCGAAUUGCUGGCGGUCAACAAGUACAGCGUUCCGC